AAUCAAAUGUUAAAUAAAGAAGUAUAAUCCACCCUGUUUAUCUCCACUUGCUGUUUGCUGCUGUGGAGUGGACAGGCCCCAAACGCAUACUCAUUUGAUUUUGAAUUGCUUCUUUCCUCCUUCUACUUGUUUCUUCUUUGUAUUUGAUUUGAUUUUGGCACAAGGAGGAAGGGGUUAUUGUGAAACCCUAACCUAAUCAUGGCGCACAGGUUGCUCAGAGACCACGAAGCCGACGGUUGGGAGCGCUCCGAUUUUCCUAUUAUCUGCGAAUCCUGCCUCGGCGACAGCCCAUACGUUCGAAUGACCAAAGCAGACUAUGACAAGGAGUGCAAGAUAUGUACACGGCCAUUCACUGUUUUCAGAUGGAGACCUGGUCGAGAUGCAAGAUAUAAGAAAUCUGAGAUCUGUCAGACGUGCAGUAAAUUGAAAAAUGUCUGUCAAGUGUGCCUUCUGGACCUUGAAUAUGGACUACCAGUUCAAGUUCGGGACACUGCUCUCAGUAUUGAUUCCAAUGAUGCCAUUCCAAAGAGUGAUGUUAAUAAGGAGUAUUUCGCUGAAGAGCAUGACCGUAGGGCUAGAGCUGGUAUAGAUUAUGAAUCCUCUUAUGGUAAAGUACGCCCAAAUGAUACUAUCAUGAAGCUUCAAAGGACAACACCAUAUUACAAGAGGAACCGAGCACAUAUUUGCAGUUUCUACAUAAGGGGUGAAUGUACCAGAGGAGCUGAGUGCCCUUAUCGACAUGAGAUGCCAGUUACUGGGGAGUUGUCUCAACAAAAUAUUAAAGAUCGUUAUUAUGGAGUGAAUGAUCCAGUGGCUUUGAAGCUACUUGGCAAGGCAGGAGAGAUGACCACUCUGGAGGCUCCUGAGGAUGAGAGCAUUAAAACUCUUUAUGUUGGUGGACUUGAUGCUAGGGUCACUGAGCAGGAUUUGAGGGAUCACUUCUAUGCCCAUGGAGAAAUUGAAUCCAUCAAAAUGGUUCUCCAGCGGGCUUGUGCUUUUGUAACAUAUACAACCAGGGAAGGUGCAGAGAAAGCAGCAGAAGAACUCUGCAACAAAUUGGUUAUUAAGGGCCUAAGGUUAAAGCUGAUGUGGGGCAGGCCUCAGACAUCAAAACCUGAGUCUGACAGUUCUGAUCAAGCAAGGCAGCAGGCAUCUGUAGCUCACAGCGGAUUGUUGCCUCGGGCAGUUAUAUCACAGCAGCAGAACCAGGACCAAACUCAAGGAGUGGUUUACUAUAACAAUCCUCCACCUCCUCAGCAGGAAAGAAGCUACUACCCAUCAAUGGAUCCUCAAAGAAUGGGUGCUCUUAUUCCAUCCCAAGAUGGUCCUCCUCCUGGUGGGCCUUCUGGGUCAGGGGAGAACAAGCCUGGUUUGGAAAAGCAGCAGAUGCAACAUUAUCCCCAUUCAUUGAUGCCUCCUCCACCUGGUCAAUAUCAUCAUCAGUAUUAUCCUCCAUAUGGUUAUAUGCCUCCAGCUCCCCCUUAUCACCAUCAUCAGUAUCCACCUCCAUACAAUGCUGCAGGGCCUCCAUCACAGCCAUCAGCAAGAAAUCAUCCUUAUCAGCAUUCUAUACAGCCAGGGUCUGGACAGGCCGCAACUGCCCCAGCUGAAACUGGAACAUCAACUUCAGGGUCACAGCAGCAAUAAAAUUUCUCAUAUACUGAUGUUUCCAGUUAUGUUCAAUUAUUGUUCGAAGUUUUUCAAUAAACUGACCAUGCCGAUAGGGAAGAUAUUCACACUCAAGCUAUCAAUUUACUAUCUCUGCUGGCAUGAUGUUAGCGUUUGGUGGCUUGAACAAGUUAUUCCAUGAUUUGAUUUUGUGCUCUUUUAACUCUUGGCUUCCUUGUUAGAUCAUAGUCAUGCUCAGCUUUAGUAUUACUCUUCACUGAAUUCUGUUGUUACAACUAAUGUUUUGAUUAUAUAGCACUCAGUAAAGAUGGUCAAUUGAUUUUGUA